GUCUAUACGCCCGUGAACUCGGCCACGGCCCGGCGGAAGGAUCGACUCGCCGAGAUUGAGAAGUCGCUGACUUCCAUGGCUUCGCUCCAGGCGCAGCAGGAGGAGCAACUCGCCAAAACGGCGGCGCAGCUCGCCCCCCAAACGAGAAAGCUCUUCCAGAUGCUGCUGGAGGACGAGGAGGCCGAGGCCACAGAGGAACUCGUCGUGGAGGCGAGCGCGCCGCCUACUACGACCACGACCGCGACCACGACCACGACCAUCUCUUUGAAAGAGGCUGCCAGCAAGGGCGACGUGGCGGCCCUCGCAGCUCACCGUCAGGCCGGCUCCGAUUUGGAUGCCAACCUGGGAGUCGCAUCGACGGAAAAAGGAUGGACGGCGGCGCACUAUGCCGCGAGUUACGGCCACGCGGCGGCGCUGAAGUUCCUGCACGAGGCAGGUGCCAAUCUCAACGCCACAACCGACUACGACGGUGCGACGCCGGCCAUGGUGGCAGCGCAGCAUUGUAAAGAAGACGCGCUGAAGGCACUGGCCGAGGCGGGAGCUGACCUGCAGAAGCCGAACAUUCAUGGACGGACACCUGCCCACCUAGUCGCUUUUGAUCGGUAUCGGCCGUGCUUAGGGGCGCUACGCGUCUUGAUCCAGGCCGGUGUCGACCUCAAUGCCAAAGACCCGGACGGAGAGACACCGGCCGACAGGGCUGACGGGUGGAACGACGAGGCUCUGAAGCUGAUUCUGGAGGACGAGGAGGCGGAGGCGACAGAGGCUGCCGAGCGAGGCGACGUGGCGGCCCUAGAGCAGCACCUUCAGGCCGGCGCCGAUUUGAAUGCAACGUUGGAGCCUGCGACUAGUGAGGGACCCGGAUGGACAGCGGUGAAGUUUGCCGCGCGAGACGGCCACGUGGCGGCGCUGAAGUUCCUCCAAAAGGCAGGCGUCAACGUGUGUGCGGCAGCGAAGAUUGCAGCCUUGAAUCACCACGCGGCAGAGAUGUUGGAGGUUCUGGCCAAGGCCGGGUGCGAUUUAAAUGCCAAAGUGGAGCUUUCUUCAUAUUAUGAUCCUCUCGGGGGUACCGCGGCGCACUGGGCCGCAAGAAAUCAAAAUCAUACCGACGGCGCGGCGGCGCUGAAGUUCCUGCACGAGGCAGGUGCCAAUCUGGAUGCGAAAGCCGAUGAUGGUUCGACGCCGGCCUGUUGGGCGGCCGAUGCGGGGAGCGCAGAGGCACUGGAGGUUCUCGCCGAGGCCGAGGCCGACCUCAAUGCAGCAAGCAACAAAUUUGGAAUGACCCCGGCCCACGUGGCCGCUGCAACGUGCCACCUGGAAGCGCUGCGCACCCUGAUCAAGGCUGGUGUCAACCUCAAUGUCAUAGACAAUGACGGACAAACAGCGGCCGACCGGGCUGUCGAUAUCGAAAAGGGGUAUUAUCCAGAAGACUUGAAGGCAAAAAGGGAAGAGGCUCUGAAGCUGAUCCUCCAGGCCGGAGGCAAACGCAACAAAGCCUGA